UUCUGAAUGUUUGUUGCUGUAGGCGUUUAGGUUUUAACUCAGAAACAACUAUUCCUUAAUUUUUAACCAUUUAAAGCAUAAACUGAGUGAACACUUUAAUCACCAGGUUAGCGUGGUUCGGUGUGUUUUGUUCAGGCGCUCGCUGGGGCGCUUUGUUUUGGGGUCCUUCCUCGCAGCUCCGCGCCAGUCGCGCUGCAGUCGCUCAUUGGGAGCGUUUUAAUGUUUCCAUUUUUUGCUGAUUUUCCGUUCAUAUUUUAAUUUUUCUUCUAAGUAGUGAUCGGGUUUGUGUUGGUAUCGCAGCAGAGAUGAAUCUGGAACUGCUCGAGUCGUUCGGGCAGAAUUAUCCAGAGGAGGCUGAUGGCACUCUGGACUGCAUCAGUAUGGCUCUGACCUGCACGUUUAACCGCUGGGGGACGCUGCUCGCUGUCGGCUGCAACGACGGACGCAUCGUCAUCUGGGACUUUCUCACGCGAGGAAUCGCCAAGAUCAUCAGCGCACACAUACACCCCGUCUGCUCACUCAGCUGGAGCAGAGACGGACACAAGCUGGUCAGUGCCUCCACCGAUAACAUCGUGUCUCAGUGGGACGUCCUGACGGGAGACUGCGACCAGCGCUUCCGCUUCCCCUCGCCCAUCCUCAAGCUGCAGUACCACCCCCGAGACAUGGACAAGGUGCUGGUGUGUCCCAUGAAGUCUGCGCCCGUCCUGCUCACGCUGUCCGACUCCAAACACGUGGUGCUGCCGGUGGACGACGACUCCGACCUCAACGUGGUGGCAGCCUUCGACCGGCGCGGAGAGUACAUCUACACCGGCAACGCCAAGGGGAAGAUUCUGGUGCUGAACACGAACACACAGGACCUCGUGGCGUCCUUCAGAGUGACCACAGGAACCAGCAACACCACCGCCAUCAAAUCCAUCGAGUUCGCACGCAAGGGCAGCUGUUUCCUCAUCAACACGGCGGACCGUAUUAUCCGUGUGUAUGACGGCCGCGAGAUCCUGACCUGCGGCAGAGACGGAGAACCCGAGCCCAUACAAAAACUACAGGACCUAGUCAACAGGACGCCGUGGAAGCGCUGCUGUUUCUCGGGGGACGGCGAGUAUAUCGUAGCAGGAUCGGCGCGACAGCAUGCGCUCUAUAUCUGGGAGAAGAGCAUCGGGAACCUGGUGAAGAUCCUGCACGGGACGCGAGGAGAGCUGCUGCUGGACGUCGCUUGGCAUCCGGUGCGUCCGAUCAUCGCCUCCAUCUCCAGCGGCGUCGUGUCCAUCUGGGCUCAGAACCAAGUGGAAAACUGGAGCGCGUUUGCUCCAGACUUUAAAGAGCUGGAUGAGAACGUGGAGUAUGAGGAGAGAGAAUCAGAGUUUGACAUCGAGGACGAGGACAAGAGCGAACCAGAGCAGACCGGUGCGGACGCUGCAGAGGACGAGGAGGUGGACGUCACGUCAGUCGAUCCCAUCCCAGCGUUCUGCAGCAGUGACGAGGAGCUGGAGGACUAUAAAGCGCUGCUGUAUCUGCCCAUCGCUCCGGAGGUGGAGGACCCAGAGGAGAACCCGUUUGGCCCUCCGCCUGACGCCGCGGGUCAGAAUGCCACGCCUGACGACGGCUCCGCCCACAGCGGCCCCGGCGACAAGAAACAGCGGCAACCGUCGUCCGACGGAGGGCCACCUAAGAAGAAGAUUCGCACCACCACCAUCGAGCUGCAGGGCGUCCCAAACGACGAGGUCCAUCCGCUGCUGGGUGUGAAGGGCGACAGUAAGUCCAAGAAGAAGGCGGCGGGGCGACCCAAGGGAUCGAAAGGUAAAGACAAAGACUCUCCGUUCAGACCCAAAGUCUGCCGGGACAGAGCAGAGGGGCUGGGGACGCCAGGAAAUCUGGUCUCGGCGGCGUACAAGCAGCACGAGGUUCAGGGUUUGGACUGAAGCUGAAGGCUACCGGCGCCCCCUGUCUGUGUGGAUGAACGACGUCGCUCUUUUUUUUUUUAUGGACUCUAUGGACUGUAUUUGUGUUGUAUCAUUACAGAAGGACAUUACAGCCACAGUUUGAAGGCCGUCUGAUCAGUUUCUUCGCAUAGAGAGAGUGAUAGGAAGAGGGAAUCAUGUAUUUUUUUAUUUAGAGUAGAUGGAUCUGUCUCUGUGUAUAAGCACUAGUUGGGUCGAGUACUCAGUCACAUGUCUUUUAUUUGUUUUGCGUUUGUUUCUUUUUUUCUGAGACUGGUUGUGUUUUUUUUAUACAUAUUAAACCAGUUUGUUUUUUGACAGUGGCUUCUGUGUGUAAAAUGUGUUUUGGUACAAUGUUUCCAGAGUUAUGAAGAACAUCUGUGGAAUAAAUCAACCCAGUCAGGAGUGUUUUUCUAUCCAGAGAUGCGGAUCGAACAGCCUCCAUUUUGUUUCCUGCACUCACAGUUUCCAUCCAGCAGGAGGCGCCAGCGGAGCGUGAAUGAAAGAGCGAGAGAAAGACAUUUUUCUGUUAUUCGGUUCCAUUUUGUGCUUUUCUACUGUUGGAUUCCAUUUUGUGUUUCUGUGUUUUAUUCACAAACAUCUUAAGAGUGAAAAUCAGAAGAAAGUAAGUGAACAUCUGAGAAACACUCAACUUUCUGAGUGAAGUCACCACCUUAGUGCUCACUGUUCAGAUGCUCUCUCUGGUUCGAGGCUCAAAACAUCAGCUGUUACUCACAUGGUAUUUGUUAUUGUCUCGAAGUAGUUUGAAAGAAUGAUAAUAAUGCUUUAGUAAGUCAUAAUUAUGAUAUUUUAAAAAGUCAAUUUUUUUUUUUAACCUAGGCCUAAUUAUGAGAUAAAAGUACGUAAAAACUAAGACUUCAAAUCAUUUUGACUUUUCAUGCCACGAUUUCAAAUUACCCUGCUAAGAAAAAACAACAGAACAUCACAAAAAAUUCUAAUGCACUAUAAAUAGGCUAACAUUAAAAACCAUCAACUUUUAACCAUUAAAGUGCAGUGUGUUUGGGGACAUAUUCCAUUAGGAUUUAGUGUUUUUAACGAGCCAUCAAUAGAAGGUGACCAAUUACCAGC